UAAGACUAGAUACUGUCAUCUAUUCGAAUCUAUCUCAAGUCGUCAAUCUCUAAUCUUGUUAUCUGAUCUUUAUCGAUAAGCGGUGGAGAAGCGACGUCAUCGGAAGCGGAUCGAAGAAUUGACGGGUUCGACUCAAUUGGAACAAACCUGUCAUUCUACGUCAAUUCGACAAAAUGGCACCAGUCCCAGCAACACUCCUCCGCGCUCUGUCUCUCCCCGACCCCUCCAAAGCCAGCCUCUCCACCUCAGGCCUAGGCUCCGGCUUCACUAGCACAGGUGCCAUUCGAGCCACAGUCCCCUCCCCAGACAGAAAAAAUGAAGAAGAACGCCGCUACUUCGUCAAAACCUCCUCCGACGGCAAAGCCGCCGAGGAAAUGUUCCGCGGCGAAUACGAAUCCCUCAACGCAAUCGCAACCUCCGUACCGGGUUUCUGUCCGCGAGCUCUCGCCUGGGGACCACUGGAAGAAGAGAAAGGGAAGAGCUUCUUCCUUGCUACAGAGUUUUUGGAUCUGGGUAGUAUGGGAAAACGAACCGGUGCGUCUCUUGCACAAAGACUGGGGAAGUUACAUUCGACGCCUGCGCCUGUUGAUCCGGAGAGUGGGAAGAGGAGGUUUGGGUUCCCGGUUCCGACAUUUUGUGGGGAUACGAAGCAACCUAAUCGGUAUUGUGAUUCGUGGGCAGAUUUUUAUGCUAAUGAGCGGUUGAUGACUAUUCUGGAGGAAUCUGAGAAGAGAAAUGGGCGAGAUGCUGGAUUGAGGGAUCUUGUUGAGCGGACAGCCAAGACAGUUGUGCCCAGGCUACUGGGUGAUGGGCAUUUGGGAUAUAAGGAUGGGAAUGGCGAGGGUAUCACGCCUGUGGUGAUUCACGGGGACCUCUGGAGUGGAAAUGCAGCCAGUGGUAACAUUGUGGGCAGUGGCCGCAAGGACGAUGAAGAGGGUGGAGAAGUUGUCUACGAUCCGUCUGCCGUGUACGGACACAGUGAGUUCGAACUGGGCAUUAUGAAUAUGUUCGGGGGCUUCGGGCCGACGUUCUUUAACGCGUAUCAUAAGAUUGUGCCUAAGACGGAGCCGGUGGGGGAGUAUGAUGAUCGGGUGCGGUUGUAUGAGCUUUAUCACCAUCUAAAUCACCAUGCUAUCUUCGGUGCUGGAUACCGAUCGGGAGCUACUUCAAUUAUGCAGAGGCUGAUUAAGAAGUAUGGAGAGUAACUUGUUCGUAAUGUUGAUAGAUAACGUCAGUUAUAAAACAUUCAAUGAAUUAUCAAUCAGUUACCUUGCAUCCCUGUAAACCAACACCUUCAAUGCUCAAUUAGCAAUAAAACAC